GAACUUAUGGAAGUUGUCACAUCUGUCACAAUUGAACAUCAAAAUAUAAAAGAAUAACAAAAAUGGCGAAUGUUCCUUUUCUGGGAAUAAAAACCCAUUCACAAAAAGUUUGUAGCCUUUACAAGAGGGCUUUGCGCAAUUUAGAAGCGUUUUAUGAUAGACGCCAUGUAUACCGUUACCAUGCUGUGCUUUUGCGAGCACGGUUUGACCAGAAUGCCAAGGUGACAGACACACGUAAAGCUAUAGAACUACUGAAGGAGGGAGAAGAGGAACUUUUCUUGCAGCAGCAUCCUAUCCCUAAGAAAUUCGCCACUAGCGUCGGUGGUGUAGCUCAUGAGCGUGUGGUCACACCUCCCGAUUGGGUUCUCGAUUACUGGCAUCCAUUAGAAAAGGCACAAUACCCUGAAUAUUUCAAGAAACGUGAGCAAAGAAAGAAGGAAUUUCUGGCUUUGUGGGAGAAGGAAUAUGGCAAGCCCGACCCGAAGGACCAUCACCAUUGAAUGUAUAAUAAAUAGCAGUGUAUAAUAUUAGUAAAUUUAUGUUACUUUA